AUGUGUCCUAUUUCAUGGAGUUCAAUCGGUGCAUUUGCACUCCUUUUCCAGUCUGCCUUUGGAUUUGAGCUCAAAGCAGACGCAGUGCAGAGAAUGACAGCUCAAUAUGAAAGAAAAGAGCACUGUCUUGUGUUCGAAGACCAGUUUAAUCAGUUUGAUCUUUCCAAGUGGCAGCACGAAACCACUCUGGCUGGAGGUGGUAACUGGGAAUUCCAGUGGUAUACAAAUAACAGAAGCAACAGUUAUGUGCGUGAUGGUGUUUUGUAUCUUCACCCUACAUUUACAUCGGAAUUUAUGGGCGAAGAAGCUAUGAAGGAUAAUGGAAAAAAAGGUCAGGGGAUCGUUUCACGAGCUGCACAGACAAUUCCAAUUAUGGUCAGCUGUGAGAGAAUGUCUGGAGCAGUUUCUGGAGGAAAUUAUAUCAAUCCAAUUAGAUCAGCACGUAUUCGUACACUCGAGUCUGUCGCUAUUCGGUACGGCAAGGUCGAAGUCAGGGCAAGAUUACCCAGAGGAGAUUGGCUAUGGCCUGCGAUUUGGAUGAUGCCAAAGUACGCAUCCUAUGGAACAUGGCCUGCAAGUGGCGAAAUUGACAUUAUGGAAUCUCGAGGUAACCAGUACUACUCUCAUGGAAAUAUCUCCAACAUUGGAUCCACUCUUCACUGGGGACCUAGCUAUGAUCUCAACAAGGCUUCCAUGACUCACGCGGAAGCCAUACUUUCGGAAGACGAGACAUUUGCAGACCGAUUUCAUACUUAUGGUUUGGAAUGGUCUGCAGAAGGUUUAAGGACCUAUGUUGAUGACAAGACUAUUUUACAAGUAGACUUUGACGAGCCAUUCUUUGAGCGCGGUAAUUUCCCAAGAUGGUCCAUGAAUCCAUGGGAUUCAGGAGACAUCGGGGCUCCUUUUGAUCAAGAGUUCUAUCUGAUCCUCAAUCUGGCUGUCGGGGGCGUCAAUGGUUUCUUCCCUGAUGCGCCGCAUAAGCCAUGGAGUAACAGAGAUCCACAUGCAGUAAAUGCGUUCUGGAACAACAGGAACCAGUGGCUACCUACAUGGGGAAAAGGAAAUAGAAGAGCCUUUGCAAUUGAUUCUGUCAAGAUUUGGUCGGCUGAAGAAGAAUGUUAA